AACUGUGCGGACGUGUGUGAUUGGGUGUGCCAAAGGAUUACGAAGAGGACAUAUUCACAACUACACGUUUACAAUUUACACGAGAGAUAAGAAAAGUGUCACCCCCAAAUUUCAAAUGUGCAUAUUAUUGAACUGAAUGUGUACUCACGGUGUCGCGGAGACGUACUUCCAAAAGUAUCCAAGUGCGUUUGGAGAGCUGUGCGGUACCUUGGAGGUGUCCACUUGCGCGUACUGUCAUUUAGAGAGAUUGUCGCCCAUCAAGGAUUUUUGACAUCAUCCUCUUGCUUUCGCUUUUACUGUGCUGUGUGGCGGCGUUUUGCGGCUUUGGCUUUCCUCGUGUCGGAAGCUGGCAUGAAAUCCAGAUAGACCUCACAUGAAGGGGUUGUUUGACUUGGCUGCGGAAAAGUUUACACCGAAACCUCACCGGAACCAGCUCGCCCCACUGGAUACAUCAAGACCACCGACGAGUUCGGUAACUCGCAGCCCAAAAGUCGGAGUGGAAUCCACCACGCGUUUAGUUUAUUGAAGAGGCUGUUCUCGUCACAUCAUCUCUCCAAAAACCUUGGACGUUCUUAUUGAGUGGAGGCUAGAUCGGUAGAACAAAUGGUGUUUCUUUGGGACGCAAAAUACGACCCUGCCCCGGGGCGCCGCUUCACUCCCCCCUCCACCACCCUGGGGUCCGGUGGGAAGAUGAGCGAGGGUCUCCCCCUCGGCGCCCAGGAGGGCAGUGGUGCCACCCUGGUGAGCAAGCUCCGCAUGGCGGACAGGAGCAUGGUGGAGGUGCUGUCCGACCAUCCAGGGGAACUGGUGCGGACCGACAGUCCCAACUUCCUGUGUUCCGUGCUUCCCACGCACUGGCGUUGUAACAAGACCCUGCCAAUUGCAUUUAAGGUGGUGGCCUUGGGAGACAUUCCCGACGGGACGCUGGUGACCGUGAUGGCGGGGAACGACGAGAACUACUCGGCGGAGCUGCGCAACGCCACGGCGGCCCUCAAGAACCAGGUGGCACGCUUCAACGACCUGCGCUUCGUCGGCCGAAGCGGUAGAGGUAAAAGCUUCACUCUGACCAUCACCGUGUUCACCAACCCACCCCAGGUGGCCACCUACCAGCGCGCCAUCAAGAUCACGGUGGACGGGCCUCGAGAACCUCGCCGACACAGGCAGAAGCUGGAGGAGUCAGUGAAGCCCAGCGCUCUGGCCUUCUCUGAGCAGCUCAGACGCAGUGCCAUGCGGUGCAGCCCCAACCCCAACGCCCGCAACACACUCACCACGCCGCCCUUCGGCAGCCCCCCACACACACAGCUGCCCGACUCCAGGCAGAUGCAGACGUCUCCGUCCUGGUCCUACGAGCAGCCGUACCCCUACCUGAGUCAGAUCUCCACGCCGACCGUUCACCCGACGACGCCCAUCUCGCCCAGUCGCAACUCUAUUCACUGCUCUGAGCUAACAGCAUUCAGUGACCCCCGCAUGACCCUGGAACGACCUUUCACCUCACUGUCCACAAUUCCAGAUGGCCGCUUCUCAGACCCACGCAUGCACUACCCGACCGGAGCCUUCCCGUACCCUCCCACGCCGGUCACCAACGCCAUCGGCAUCGGAAUGUCAGCCAUGACGGGCCCGACCGGCCGCUACCCUACCUACCUGCCUCCGCCUUACCCCUCUGCCUCCUCCCAAGGUCAAGGUGGUCCAUUCCAGGCCAGCUCGUCUCCCUAUCACCUCUACUACAGCACAACAGCUGGGUCAUACCAAUUUUCCAUGAUGGCGGGGGGAGGUGGCGGGGAGCGGUCACCUCCUCGCAUCCUUCCCCCCUGCACCAACGCCUCCACCGGCUCCACCCUCCUCCACCCCUCCUUGCCCAAUCAGAGUGACGUUGUCGUGGAGACGGAGGGAAGCCACAGUAGCUCUCCGACCAACAUGUCGGCAGAGGCGGUGUGGCGGCCAUAUUGAGUGCUGUAGCGGUGAGCUUUUGAAGGACUUCUGGACUGACCACUGGCCAAACAGCUGGUGGUUUCCCAUUAGAGGAACAGACUCCAAUAGACGUGUGACACCAGGACUGUAGAUUGUAUUUUACACUGAGGAGCAUGUAAAACUCGCAUUUGUUUUGCUAAAGAGUUGCAGAUAGUCUGUCUUUAAUAUUGUUGUUUUAAUAAUUUUUUAAUAUUGUUAUUGUUGUUGUUGUUGUUGUUGUUAUUAUUGUUAUUGUUGUUAUUAUUAUUGUCAUCAUUAUUACAGUGAUAAUGGUGGAUUAUUUUAGGACUGUUAAUGGAUUGCCCAUGUAUGUCAACACUGCUUCCUUUUUAUACAUGCACACACACAAACCCCCACACCCCCACCACCCCGUCAUCACCACACACACACACACACACACACAAACACACACACACACACACACACACACACACACACACACACACACGCACACACACGCACACACACACAUACACGUACUCACUAUUUCCCAGUCACUCACAAAUUCCCACACACACUCACUCACUUUCUGAGAGAACAGAGACUGCCUAAAGAGGAUGUUUUGAAUGUUGUGUGUGCCGAUAAGGGGCGAACGGGUCUUUCCUCAUUUCCAGCUCAUUGUGCGGCUCAUUCAUAAACUGGAUUAAAGUUAAUUUCACCCCUUUCUGUGUCUGCCAGUAUUGGAGGUUAGCUCAGGGCUGGAGCAACCCGAUCUCUCUCCAAGCAUAAACACACACUUUAAUUCAUUCAAGAUGCACUUGUUUAGUUUUGAACCAAGAAUCUGUUUUUCAUCUACUCCCUCUCACAGACGAUUAUGAGUGUAAAUUGCUUUGGGUGGUUCCUUCAAUUUGCAGUGUCAAAUACAAGAUGCAUUCAUGCUAUGAGGGUAAAAUUGGUUCAGAGGGUAUGAAUGGAUUGCAAUUUCCCAUGAUGCACUGUCCUAUGUAAAUAGCAACUGACUGUAAAUGAUCACUUUGUGACAUAAUGGUUUGUUUGUUACAUUGGUUGCGUGACACACUGUUUCUGCUUUGACAUCGUCACGAGAUGUAAAUGUAAAAUAUUCCUUUUUUUGUUGCUUUAUUACAUAAAUAUAAAACUUUGUUGUGAUUGGA